UCAAUCGACGACUUUGUUUUCGUUCUGCGACUAUAAAGAAAUUUGUUUUAAAAUCAUUGUUAUAGCAGCAGGUGCUAACUCUAAAUUCGACUUAUUAUUAACGAACUAUAAUGCCUGCCAUAGAAGAGGCACAAAUCACCAAAUAUCUAUCAAAGUAUAAAAAUGUUGCGGCCACCAGGAAAGAUGUUGUCGAUGUCGUUACCACGUAUCGCAGUCUGACAUAUGACCUGCAAAAAUUUGUUUUCAACGAUGGAAGCUCAAAAGAUUUGUUCGCGCUGCAGGGCACCAUUCCGGUGGUCUACAAAAACAACACCUACUACAUUCCCAUAUGCAUAUGGCUGAUGGAUACCCAUCCACAAAAUGCGCCCAUGUGCUUUGUGAAACCAACGCCAACCAUGCAGAUCAAGGUGUCCAUGUAUGUGGAUCACAAUGGUAAGGUGUACUUGCCCUACUUGCACGACUGGCAGCCGCAUAGCUCGGAUCUGCUAUCGCUUAUACAGGUUAUGAUUGUGACAUUCGGUGAUCAUCCGCCCGUUUACUCCAAGCCGAAGGAGCAGGUUGCCGCGCCAUAUCCAUCAAAUUCUUUCAUGCCUCAGCCAGGCGGUCCAGGUGCCUCAAAUCAGUUUCUGCCUUAUCCAAGCGCGACUGGCGCUAGCGGUGGUAACUUUCCGCCAUAUCCCACUGGUGGCAGCUAUAUGUCCUACCCAGCGACUGGUGGACCGGCAGGUAACUCCGCCGGCUAUCAGCCCUACAUGAAUUACCCACAGCCAGGAGUCUAUCCGGGUGCCGCUGGAUAUAAUCCCGCGGGUAAUGCCAAUCCCAGCUCAACGGGCACGAUUACAGAGGAGCACAUUAAGGCAUCACUUAUUAGCGCCGUCGAGGACAAGUUGAGGCGUCGCAUACAGGAGAAGGUAAAUCAGUAUCAAGCUGAAAUCGAAACAUUGAAUCGCACCAAGCAAGAAUUGGUGGAGGGUAGUGCCAAGAUUGAUGCCAUCGUAACUCGCUUGGAGCGGGAGGAAGUUGAUUUGCAGAAGAACAUUAGCAUAUUGAGGGAUAAGGAGGAGGAAUUGAAGAAAAGUCUGGAGACCCUCGAGAGUGCAGAAGCCAUUGAUCCUGACGAGGCAGUUACCACAACUGCACCAUUAUAUAGACAAUUACUCAAUGCCUACGCUGAUGAAGCUGCCACAGAGGAUGCCAUCUACUAUUUAGGCGAGGGGCUGCGCGGCGGAGUUAUUGAUCUUGAGACGUUCUUGAAGCAUGUGCGCACACUAUCUCGCAAGCAAUUCAUUUUGCGUGCUACAAUGCAAAAAUGUAGACAAAAGGCGGGAUUGGCUGGCUAGUAGGAUGUGAAGGAUGUGUCCAGUAUAUUGCAGUAAUAAUUUCAUUUGCAGUUUUCAAGUGCAACUAAUAUUCAAUCCGCACACAAUUGAUAUGUUAUUAUAAUAUAUUCGGUAUUGCUUUAAGUUUAAAUUGAAUCUUUGAAAUUACAUACAUGUAUAUGAAUAAACCCAACGUACGUUCGCUCGCGCA